AUGCAGAUCGGUGUCUUCAUCCCCAUUGGCAACAAUGGAUGGAUCAUCUCUGAAAACGCACCACAAUACAAGCCAAGUUUCGAGCUGAACAAACAAGUCGUCCAGAAAGCCGAAAAGUACAACCUCGAUUUCGCACUGUCAAUGAUCAAACUCCGAGGAUUUGGAGGCAAGACAGAAUUCUGGGAUCACAACCUCGAGUCAUUUACUCUGAUGGCUGGACUCGCAGCAGUCACAUCGAAAAUUAAGCUCUUCGCUUCUACAGCAAUCCUCACUCUCCCACCUGCGCUAGUCGCGCGAAUGGCAACGACAAUCGACUCCAUAGCUCCUGGUCGGUUUGGCAUCAACAUCGUUACGGGGUGGCAGGAAGCGGAGUAUUCGCAGAUGAAUAUCUGGCCCGGAAAUGUAUAUUUUGGAUAUCGAUAUGAGUAUGCUACAGAAUAUGUUCAGGUUAUGAAAGAACUCUGGGCGAACGGUGUUUCAAACUUCAAGGGGAAACACUUUACGAUGACGGAUUGCAAGAUGUCCCCCCAACCAUCAAAUCACAUCCAAGUGGUGGCUGCUGGACAGAGUGGAAAGGGGUUAGAGUUCGCUUCCCAAUUUGCGGAUUUCAAUUUCGCGAUGGGCUCGGGUAUCAAUACUCCCAAAGCUGUGGAAUCUGCAAAUCAGAGAUUGCUUGAAGCAGCUUCGAAGACUGGAAGAGAUGUUGGAGCUUAUGUUUUGUUCAUGGUGAUCGCUGAGGAUACAGAGGAAGCGGCAAGAGCGAAAUGGGAACAUUAUCGAGAGGGAGCAGAUGUGGAGGCUCUCGCUUGGAUGGCAGAUCAAGGAAGCAAAGAUACAAAAGCGGAUGCGACAGCGACGGCCAAGACGAUUAAUCUUCCGGAAGGUGCUAUUAACUUCAACCAAGGGACUCUAAUAGGUUCUUACGCGCAGGUUGCUGCGAUGCUGGAUGAGGUUGCGGAUAUUCCUGGGGCUAAGGGAAUAAUGCUGACGUUUGAUGACUUCUUGCUUGGAAUGGAUAAGUUUGGGGAGAAGAUACAGCCUUUGAUGAAGUGUAGAGCAGAUAUUAAAGCCCCAGCAUGA